AUGUUCGCCAAGGCCGCCAUCUUCGCGCUCGCCGCUGCCGGUGCUGCUACCGCCCAGGUCCAAAACUACACCAGCUCGCUCAACAUGACGAUUGACCCUAACCAGGCCACUGGUCAGGAGCGAGCCCAGUGGUGUGCUGCUGAGACCAACAGCUGCAGCCAGCUUUGCGACGGCGCGUCCACGAAUGACUGCUCUGCUGCCACUCUCGAUUACAAGUGUAUCUGCUCGUCCAACAGCAGCGCGCCCGGCCUCGAGUACUAUUCUCAGACGAUGCCCACCUUCAUCUGCCUGAAGCUCUUUGACCUCUGCAACACCCAGAACGUCGGCAACGCCAAAAACCAGGAGGCCUGCAAGACCAACAUUAUGUCGCAUUGCGGUACCCAGGACCCUACUAAGGCCACCACGGGCGGUUCCAGCAGCAGCGCCUCUGGCUCUGGAUCCUCCACCACUGCCUCUCCCGAGGCUACUGGCCAGACUGGUGGCAGCGGUUCCGCCUCGUCGACCAGCAGCAGUCACGGCAUGGCCGCUCCCACCAUGGCCGCUGGUCAGGGUAUCGCUGCUGCUGCCGCCGCCGUCGGCGUCUUUGCUUACCUCAUCUAA